GCCGACGUGAGUUCGCUCCCGGCGAUGACCUUCAAUCCGGACCACGUCUCAAAGGACAGGACCUGCUGGCCUUUAUCAAAAGAGUGGUCCAGCAGGUGGUCUGUGCUGCACCACUCAGCAAGCUGUGCCACCUCAAGCGUUUUUACGGUAUGGGAUGGGCUCUAAGAAUCCCAGAAUAUUUGUGCCGAUCCUUCGCCACUUGCAUAAGACCUUCUCAAAGUGGGAAGUUAGUGAAACAUUCACAAGCUCAAGGAUCGGGUCCUGGUGAUUCCUAUCGGGAAAAACACUCGCAUCAAGAUGACGUUGAAAGAGCAACGCAACCAGCUUCAUCACAACGAUCGAGCCAAGAUCGACGUCAAAUGAGCAUUCACAGCAAACCAAGAUUACCCGUCGCAGACUCCCCGAACAGGAGUGAGAGAAAUUCACGAGACGACAAGUCAGAACGAAAAAGUCGAAAGUCUUGCAUAUGUUGCGCGAAGAAACCAAAAGAUAAGAGAUCACAGUCGGGGAGAGAUGGAUCCUCCAAAGCAGGGAAAUCUGCCAAGUCAGCCAAAUCAGGAAAAUCGGGAAAAUCCAAGAAAUCUGCGAAAUCUGCUAAAAAAUCUGCUGGAAAGUCUGGCAAGUCAGGGAAGUCCGGAAAAUCGAAAAAAUCUGGCAAGUCGGGAAAAUCGAAAAAAUCCUGGAUUUCUUGUAAACUCCGGAGGAAGAGUAAAUCGCAAGGAUCAUCUGCCAGAUCGCGUAAAUCCGACAGAAGUAUUAGUGGGCGAUCGAAACAAAGGAAAAUCCAGUCAAGGAAGUCUUACUCCCGUGAGUUAAAAUUCU